ACCUUGUUGGUCUCGGCUCGGAGCUUAUCAAUCAGCCCCAGCGAGCCAGCCAGGCAGCCCGGCCAACUCGUGCUCCCGUCGCCCUGAACUGCGCGCCCCGCGCUGCCAAUAUCCACAACAUGGAGAUGAGGCUGCUGGUCCUGCUGGCGCUGGCGCCCCUGCUGACGCGGUGCGCGCGCCUGGAGCACGUCCCCGACGGCACGGGGCUGGUCGGCGGGCCGCCGGACCGGCCGCUGCAGCAGCUGCUGCCCCUCAAGAUGUGGGCCAACCCCCGGCGGUCGCAGCUGCGGCCGCGGCGCAAGGACCUCCGCGAGGACACGCUGCUCAACAUCCUGGGCGAGGACUACCAGCCGGGUUGGAUGCGGUGGUCCCGGGCGGCCGGCAGUCAGGAGUACCCCGUCGAGGAGCGGGCCGCGGUGCGCGCCCUCCGCGACCUGGUGGACGGCGAGGAGUCGCCGCCGGACCUGCGCCUGCCCGCGGGGCUGACCUCUGAGGCGCGCGCGCUGGUCAAGGCGUGGCUGGUGCGGCGCGCCACCUGCCCCGUGCGCUUCGUGUGGGCCGACCUGGGCCCGUACUUCUGGCCGCGCUGGCUGCGUCGCGGCGAGUGCGGCGUGGAGCCCAGCGGCGACGAGCAGGACGAGGACAACAUGACGACCAGCCGGCGCGGUGGCGUCAGCGGCGUGCUGCGCGAGGACGAGGACGACGAGGACGAGGACGCCGUCGACGGCGCGCCGCGCAGGGCCAACGCGACGAGCACGCUGUCGUGCUCCUGGCCGCCCGGCAUGAAGUGCGUGCCCGGCCUCACGCGCACCCUGCACAUCCUGCGCUGGCACUGCCGGCUGCGCAAGCUCUCCCAGGCCACCAGCUUCAACGCCAUCUGGUCCGCGCCGCCCGAGAAGCCGCCCUCGAAGAUGGACGGCAGACAGAAACGGAGCAAGUACCGCUGCACCUGGAUCAAGGUGCCGUACUCGGUGCCCGAGGACUGCGUCUGCUCCGUGUAGUGCAGCGACGCAGAGUGUAUAUUAUCCACAUUCGAUAUGGAUAUGUUGAUGAAGACCUCGAACGUGAUUAAACAACCUCGUAUAAGGCGUAGUUAAGUGUCAUCAAAGUAUUACAUAUAUUUUCUCUUAAGUAUUUCGACUGAAAAUUAUGCGAAAUGGUUAUCGCUUUCUUUACAAAUGGGAUAUUAUGCAUUACCCGAAGUCUAUUUUCAGCUUGCUUACGAGGAUACGCGUCUGUGAAAUUAGAUAAAAUCUUCUGUAAUCGCCGAGAGCGCAGAAAAGCGAGUGCUAACUUUUAUUUAUUAUAGUCAUUCUGUUUUAGAUAUUUAGCAGAGAAGACUGUUCUAGUUUUUUUAAAUUGUAUACUGUAUGAGUAUAUACCUUGUUUGUUAUUGUGUGUUUUUGUAUAUGUAUUGUGCAGUUGCUUGAGCAAAGCGCGCUGUGGCACUUCGUGAUACUUAGAUUUUUAAAAUUCGUAUCUACUAGUUCAGGAUAGGGAGUAAAGACUUGUAGAAUAGUUAAUUUAACAAUGGCGAUAUAGAUCGUUUCUAACAAAGUUUUUGUGUUUAAUAAUCCUUGAUAUGUGCAAUGCCAUAGCCAUACCAUAUUCCGGAAAGUAGACCAUGCAGGCAAUAUACAGAGGGAUAAAAUAAAUGUCGUAUAAUGCAACAAUGCUACAGUCCAAGAGCAAGAUUUUUUUAAGACAAUUAUGACUGUCGUUUUGCUUAUAAAUUUUAAUAGGUCUGUAAUAAAGAAGAUUCCUGUGAUUGACUCGCUAGGUCUUACGUUUUAGAUAUUUAUUCAACAAAUAAAUACUCCAAAAAAUUGUCA